AUGAACUCUAAGACUAAAGCGAUAGUUUCAUCCUCGUCCUCCAUUUCUCACAAGUACUGUUUGGGCAACGAAAAGCAUGACACAAAAUCAUUAUCUCCGACAUCUCCUCUAUCAGCAGUAACAAAAAUAUCUAAAACAUUACCAGCUUCUUCAAGUUCGGUUUCGACAAAAACCGAUGAAAAUGCACAAUCCACAUCGGAAGCAAAUUCUUCUUCACUUCAACCAUCGACGAUUGCCACUAGUAAUAGAACACCAAAUGAUGAAAACAAAGAGAGUGUAACAUUGAUCUGGCUUGAUCCAAACAUUCGCUCAGACGAUGACACACAACGCACUGUGGCAAUGCUGAGAGAAAUCAACGACUUCGUUGUUUUCCACACACACUUAGACUCAUGCACUGACCACGUCAAAAAUGUUCAAAACGAAAGAAUAUUUCUUGUCACAUCGGGCAAAUGUGCCAUCGAUCUUUUGUCUCGUGUCGGGACUCAAUCUCAGAUCGACUCCAUAUUUAUCUUUUGUCUCAAUCCAAACAAGUACAAACAUCUCCAAAAUGAGUACUCGAAAAUAAUCGGAAUAUUCGAUGAACGUGAAGAACUCGUCAAGUCGAUCAAAAACAACAUCGAUCUAGUUGAGAAACAAAUCCAAUCAUUCAGCUUUUAUAAUCAACAAAAAUCGACUCGUGAUUUAAGUAGUGAAUCCGCAUCUUUUCUGUGGUUUCAACUAUUCAAAGAUUUAAUCAUUAAAAUGCCUCCUGAUAAUCAUGGGAAACGACAGAUGAUUCAAAAGUGUCAGGAGUAUUAUCGUGGGAACAGACAAGAAGUGGCAACCAUCCAAGAAUUCAGUGACACUUAUCGAAGAGCUGAUGCUAUUCGAUGGUAUACACGACAGUCGUUUGUUUAUAAACUCAUCAACAAAGCUCUACGUACAGAAGACGUCGAACAACUGCGCAUAUUUCGCUUUUUCAUUGCCGAUCUGUGCUCAAGUCUUGCACAAGAGUAUAAGAAGAUGAGAGAGCGCGAGAAGGGUGUGCUUCGAGUCUAUCGCGGUGUGAAACUGUCGAAUGAAGAAGUUAAAAAGCUGAAAGAGAAUGAAGGUAAACUCAUUUCCAUGAAUGGCUUUCUGUCAACAAGUCGUUUGCCAUCAGUGGCUUUAAAUUUCGCAUUUCAGUUGGCGAAGCGUCGAGACGCUGUUCUUGUUCUCUUUGAGAUAGAGUAUGAUUUGAGUAAGUUAAAUCAUUAUGACAUUGUGUGUGCUGACGUCGCUAAGUUUAGCGAUCAUCCAAAAGAGCAGGAAGUCCUGUUUGAUCUGGGUGCAACUUUCAAAAUUCAGUCAGUUAAUCGUGUAAAGUCGAAUGUCAGUCAUGUAAACCUAAGAGUAACAAGCGAAGGAGCAGAUAUAGCACGAGAAUAUAUCAAGUUGAACAGAAAAGAGCUCGAGGAAAGAAGCGUUGCGGUCAUCUUUGGUUCACUUCUUUGUGAUAUGGGACAGUAUGACAAAUCAAUGAAGUACUUUGAGAAUCUAUUUCAAAAUCAUGAAGGUGAAAAUAUAAGUGACAUUAUGUUUAACCUUGGUCGUACCCACCACUUCAGAGGCGAAUACGGCAAAGCACUGCAGCUGUAUGAGCAUAGCUACGCAACAAUGAUGAUGAGCAAGCCAGUGCCUGAGAAAGUAACAGCUCGAGUACUCAAUAAUAUUGGCAAUGUUUAUUCCUGCAAACGCGAGUAUGAUCGUGCUUUGGACUAUUAUUCGAAAUGUCUCAAGAUGAGAGAAAAAUGUUUGCCAUCUGAUCAUCCACAUAUUGCUGAUACUCAUAAUAAUACUGGCAGUGUUUAUAACAGCAAACGCGAGUAUGAUCGUGCUUUGGACUAUUAUUCAAAAUGUCUCAAGAUGAGAGAAAAAUGUUUGCCACCUAAUCAUUCACAUAUUGCUACUAGUCUGAAUAAUAUUGGCCUGGUUUAUGACAACAAAGGUGAGUAUGAUCGUGCUUUGGACUAUUAUUCAAAAUGUCUCAAGAUGAGAGAAAAAUGUUUGCCAUCUGAUCAUCCAGAUAUUGCUAGUAGUCUGAAUAAUAUUGGCCUGGUUUAUAACAGCAAACGCGAGUAUGAUCGUGCUUUGGACUAUUAUUCAAAAUGUCUCAAGAUUCAAAAAAAAUGUUUCCCAUCUGAUCAUCCAGAUAUUGCUAGUAGUAUGAAUAAUAUUGGCCUGGUUUAUGACAACAAAGGCGAGUUUGAUCGUCCUUUGGAUUAUUAUUCAAAAUGUCUCAAGAUGAGAGAAAAAUGUUUGCCAUCUGAUCAUCCAGAUAUUGCUCGUAUUCUGAAUAAUAUUGGUAACGUUUAUUACAAGAGAAGCGACUUUAAGCGUGCGGUUGAAUGUUUUGAAAGAUGCUUGAAGAUUCGUAAAAAGCUGCUCCCAACAGGUCAUCCUGAGCGUGUCAGUGUUAAGAAGAAGCUCUCCGAAGUGAAGAAGUUCGUAUAA